UUCCUGUAUCGUAACCCGGAAGUCCUGCUGCUGUGAAGAAAAUCGGGAGAACACGGUCCACUCGGCUGGUUCUUUCGGAUUCCGUUUGCUAAGCUUAGAAAGUUUGAGAGAAUGAGAGAGUACAUGAGCAUGUCCGAAACCUCUGAGGCGGGAAAGGAAAUGCCAACAAAAAAACAAAAAUUAAGUAGUGACGAAAAUAGUAAUCCUGAUCUUUCCGGGGAUGAAAAUGAUGAUGCAGUUAGUAUUGAGAGUGGGACAAAUGUGGAGCGUCCAGACACACCCACCAAUACAGCAAAUGCUCCAGGGAGAAAGAGCUGGGGAAAGGGCAAGUGGAAGUCUAAGAAAUGCAAAUAUUCCUUCAAGUGUGUUAAUAGUCUUAAGGAGGACCAUGGCCAGCCACUGUUUGGAGUCCAAUUCAACUGGCACAGUAAAGAGGGGGACCCUCUGGUUUUUGCAACAGUGGGAAGCAAUAGAGUUACACUGUACGAGUGUCAUUCCCAGGGAGAGAUAAGACUUCUUCAGUCUUAUGUGGACGCAGAUGCAGACGAGAACUUCUACACUUGUGCUUGGACAUUUGAUACAAGUACAAGUCAUCCCCUCUUGGCAGUGGCUGGAUCACGUGGAAUCAUUAGAGUGAUCAACCACAUCACCAUGCAAUGCAUCAAGCAUUAUGUGGGACACGGGAAUGCCAUAAAUGAACUGAAGUUUCACCCGAGGGACCCAAACCUCUUGCUGUCUGUCAGCAAAGACCAUGCCCUUCGUCUCUGGAACAUCCAGACUGAUACACUGGUGGCCAUAUUUGGUGGUGUAGAAGGUCAUCGGGAUGAGGUCCUCAGCGCAGAUUUUGAUCUUCUGGGAGAAAAAAUUAUGUCGUGUGGAAUGGACCAUUCUCUGAAGCUUUGGAGGAUCAACUCUGAAAGGAUGCAGAGAGCUAUUCAUGGUUCCUAUGAGUAUAACCCUUCAAAGACUAACAGACCAUUUGUCUCGCAGAAGAUUCAUUUCCCUGACUUCACCACAAGAGAUAUUCAUCGAAACUAUGUAGACUGUGUACGCUGGCUUGGGGAUCUAAUCCUUUCCAAGUCAUGUGAGAAUGCCAUUGUGUGUUGGAAACCAGGAAAGAUGGAAGAUGACAUUGACCAUGUCAAACCAAAUGAAUCAAAUGUGACAAUCCUUGGGCGCUUUGAUUAUAGUCAGUGUGAUAUUUGGUACAUGCGCUUCUCCAUGGAUUUCUGGCAGAAGAUGCUGGCUCUGGGAAACCAAGUUGGGAAACUCUACGUUUGGGAUCUUGAAGUGGAGGAUCCACACAAAGCAAAGUGCACCACCUUAACUCUCCCCAGAUGUACUUCAGCCAUCAGGCAAACGAGCUUCAGCCGUGACAGCGGUAUCUUGAUUGCCGUUUGUGACGAUGCCUCAAUCUGGCGUUGGGAUAGACUACGAUGAUGCUUUAUUUCACCUGUAAUAAGGUUAUUGUCCAAUAGAGAAACUUUUAGCUGUGUAUCACAACAUUUCUACAAUUGUACUUUUCUUACUUAACCAAUUAAACAGUUACAGAUUUCAGUUCUUUGCAUUGGACAUUUUUUAUAUGUUAAUUAGUUGUAUGUAUUAUAAGCACAUUUGUUGUGGGUCUGGGAGUGCAUAAAUGUGUGUGGUUUGCAAUGCAUGAACGUCAAGAUUUUUUUUUUUCUUCUAAAUGAACCCAAGCCACUUUAAGCAAUUGCCUAGCUUUUAAAAAUGUUUACGUGAUUGUUUAAGUGUGAUUUAGGUGUAAAUUUGAUGGCCCAAAAAAAUCUGAUUUUAUGGCUUGUCUGAAAAUCUAUCUAAUAUAUAUUUUGUAAAAUCAGGAACAAAAUGCCCAGUAAAUAAUUGGCAUGUUUUCACGUGUUAGUGCUUAUGUUGAUGAGUCAAAACUGGGAUAACCAAAAUCAUAUCUCUUUUCAAGACUACCACUGAAGACAAUCAAACCCACACACUAUGCCUUUCAGCCCAAGGAGCAUAUGUGUAAUGUAAAAUGAAAUGUGUUCUGCUAAAUUUGGAUUAUAUUAUGGAUUGUCAGUGUUCGGCAAAUUAUUAUAUUAGUAUGCUAGGUUUAACUAUUUAUCUAGUUUCUGUCAGGCAGAUGUGAUUAUAUAGCCAUUUCUUUUUUGUCAAAUUACAUUUUUGCUUGAUCUGGAAUAUUUGUGGAGUGUUCGUAAUCCAUUGUCAUCAAUUAAUUACGAAAAUUGUUUAUUCCCACCAUUACAAAUGGUCUGUAUGUCUCAAAUUCCCCAUUAGUUCCUGUUAACUCCACCUCUGAUAAUUCUAAUGUUACAACUGUAAUCCUACAUGAAAAUUUUUCACAAUAAAAUCAUGUUUUUCUCUA